UGUCGCCUCCCUGCCCUUCGCUGUCCUGUCGCUGGUGAACGCUCCGUAUAAGCGAGGAUUUUACUGCGGGGAUGACUCCAUCCGGUACCCCUACCGUCCAGACACCAUCACCCAUGGGCUCAUGGCCGGGGUCAUCAUCAUGGCCACCAUCAUCCUUGUCUCGGCGGGAGAAGCCUACCUGGUGCACACAGACCGGCUCUAUUCCCGCUCCGACUUCAACAACUACGUGGCUGCCGUGUACAAGGUGCUGGGGACCUUCCUGUUCGGGGCAGCCGUGAGCCAGUCUCUGACGGACCUGGCCAAGUACACGAUCGGCCGUCUGCGCCCCAACUUCCUUGCUCUCUGUAACCCAAAUGGUUCCUCUGUUUCCUGCAAGCUUCUGAUUAGGUCCAAAAAAGUUGAUUCCGCCUGCCCUCUGACCUGCCACCUCUCCUUCCCCAGGUUGUCUUUCUACUCGGGACACGCCUCCUUUGGGAUGUACUGCAUGGUGUUCCUGGCGGUCUACGUGCAGGUGAGGCUCUGCUGGAAGUGGAUGCGGCUGCUGCGGCCCACGGUCCAGUUCUUCCUGGUGGCCUUUGCCCUCUAUGUGGGCUACACCCGCGUGUCUGAUCACAAACACCACUGGAGCGACGUCCUUGCUGGCCUCCUGCAGGGGGCGCUGGUGGCUGGCCUCACUGUCCGCUACAUCUCAGACUUCUUCAAAGCCCGACCCCCACAUCACUGCCCGAAGGAGGAGGAGCUGGAACGGAAGCCCAGCCUGUCACUGACAGUGACCCUGGGCGAGGCUGACCACAACCACUAUGGGUACCCGCACUCCUCCUCCUGAGGCUGGACGCCUCCCAGGCAGGGAGUGGCUGUGAGUCCAGCUGAGACUGGCCCCCCAGGUGGUCCCUCUGGCCCUGGGUAGGCACUGAGGGCUCCGGAUGGGCUCCAGGAACCCUG